AAAACAUUUCUGGCCAGGUUUGUUGAUUGUACGGAUGGAUAUAUGUGGUGGAAGGCAUGCUGGGCCUGGCCUCUAAAUGACCGGCUUGGAAACGAGUCGCAAGUGGCCAAGAGGGCGGGGGAAGCAGGGGAAAGGGGGGGGAAAGGGUACAGGGGACAGGGGACUGCGGACUGGAGCCCCAAAAGGGUUUGGGCCAUGAUUUUGGGCCUGGUUUGGUCUGAGCCCGGUCUCGUCUCUUAACGAUGUGCAUGUUUAUGCGCUGCUCUGCUGCGUUGCAGGCAACGCACGAACGCCCAGACAUUUUCAACCGGCGGAGGCAGCAACGACACAUCCCGAGGAACCCCACCAAUCACUACGGCCGAGGAAGGUGGCCCGGAGCAGCGGGAGGGGAUGGGGGAGCUUGUUAGCAAGGGAGACACGGCCAAGAUACCAUCUAGUGAUGGGCGACUCAAGCAAAUCAGAAAGUAUCGUUUAUUCAGAGUACCAAUGGCCAACGCGGAUCACUUUAAAAUACAAUAUAAUACAAUUUAAUUCAUCCAAAAUAAAUUAAAAAUUUUUAAGCACUUUACAAGAUUAUAUUGGUGGCUUAUUUAUAAUUCUGUGCCCUGUGUACAUUUGUCUGGCACAGAAGUUCGCAUUUGGAAACUGUGACUUCAGUUGCAAGUGACUGGGAUGUGGCAUGUGCAUCGCACCAUCCCUAAAUGUUUCCGGAGUCGAGUCCCCUUGUUUUUAUUUCAGUUUCUCGUUCAGUUCGUUAGUUGCCCAAAGCCAACGGCUAUGUUAAGUGGCCCAUACACACAGAUACGCACGCAUACAGGCACAGAGACACGGCAAAACAGGGUUGCCUGCGCGCCUGCAGAUAUGCAAAUUGGUAUAGAAACUUAAUUACUUGCUGACAUGUUUUGGGCCCUUAAAUUGGCAACUUGUUGGGUAAAUUAUGGUCGUAACAUUUUAUUCGCACCUAUGUACCUCACAAGCAGCUAUUCCCCACAUAGCACAGAGCACAUGAUGGCUUUUCUAAAACUGACAACAUGUAGGAGAAAAUUCAAGUCAGUAGCUGUUUCUAUCAUGGCUCUGAUAAACAAAUUCUUAUGUCGCUACUCGAUCACCACGGGAGUAGUUGUGAUAGGAACCUCCUAUGUCAUAAUGGAUUUACUUCGCCUGUUCUAUCACCUGACUAUCUUCUAUUUCCCAGGGCCAAUUUUUAGACAUUGGUAUUUUGAAGACCGCAGCGGAGACGAGGUCCAUGAUCUUAUCACUGUCACCAUGAUGAAGAAUCGCAUUCAGGUUUUGCUGGUCCUGGGGAUCGACCUUUUGACGGAUAUCGGACUGCUCAUGAGCGUGAAUUCUGGAGUAAUAACCAUAGGGAUUUGGUUGUUGAAAGCAAUCAUUUUCAUCCUCGUCUACUUAGUUGUUAUCCUGUCUCUAGUCUUUGCCUACAGCGAUCACAUUACAUUGGCCUUGGUUUUUAUUCCCAUAUUGGUUAUGGAAAUAUAUUUCCUGUUGAUUGUGGGCUUGCACUUAGUGAAUCUUCGUGAGCCGAGAGACACGAAUGAGGAGAGCCCCGAUGAAACAGUCGUCUAAGUUCUGGAUGGUUUUAUGUGCUAUUAAAGAAUCCCUCGAAAAAUAAACACAAUCGUUAAAUUAACGAUUUGCCAUGUGAACAACUCGUUUAAACUGCAAAGCAAAAGAGUGCUGGCCGAAGUGCGAGGGAAUCGAGAUAUCGAGAUGGAGGAGAACCAGCUGGGAAUGCCCUUAGCCUAUCAAUGUUUCCCUUUCGCAAUUAACAUUUGUGGAACACACGUAAUUACAAGAUUACGAUAAGUGAUAAGCGGCGGCACCGGCAGAAGGAUGCUCAAGUUGGCCCAAAAGCAGUUGAACGGGUUCGCGAUGCUUUCGUUGUUGUUGCUCUUGUGGCAGUUGCACACACAUAUUUGCAUAUGCAAACCGCGCUGCAUGUGGUAGCCAAUUUGCUGGCAAUACCCUAACCGAUUACGCAUAUGCACAGGAAAAUAGAAUGUUAAGGAAUCUUAUUAUAAAUUACGAAGUGCAAGUAUUGUUCGUUAGAUUAAAAGAUGAUAUAGAAAAAAGUUUUUCUACAGCUAGCCAGUUUGGAACACCACACCAUUUUAUGUUCUACAUCAAUCCUGCGUUUUAAACUAAUAAUUCAGGGCAUUUUUCUCAGUGGCACAUACACAUCAGUAUCACCCAACACAGAGGUCAGUGCCAGGCCAAUCCGCCCACACAAAUCUGUGGUCGGAGGAGGGCGUCGCGUUGAUGAGCAGGAUGAUGCCAUGAUGCCAUGAUGCCAUGAUGCCAUGAUGCGAUGAUGACGUGGAUGUGGAUGGGAUGCAACCGAACUGGCGGGCAACACAGAUGCAUUACACAGACACACACACGCCGAACUGACCACACCACAACAUUAUUGUUUAAAUUGCAAAGUGAUACAUUUGUGCCGGCGGACCGAGAGUUUGCCUUCGGUUUUAGCAGUUUGCAUACGGAAUGCAGAUGGCUCCCAGGAUGAUUGGGUUAGUUAAAGCCCAAUUGUGUUUGCCGUGCUUAAGUUUAAGCAGAUAUUGGGAUGCAAUUCCUGAGAGGAUGCUGUUUAACAACUGUGCACUUCCAUAGGAAACUUUAUCAACAAUCUGUCGGUUGUGGAAAGCUUACACGAGCUUGGAAUAGUAUGAUUAAAAGUUUAGUUGAUUAAUUGCAAUUCAACAGCUCAUGUAGUGCAUUUCCCUACGGUCAGUACGUUUAUAAUUAUGCAAAAUUAAGCAACAAAUUAAAGUUGAAAACAGCUUAGGAAA